GAAUUCCACAUUGUACGGCCAUGCUUAUAAGCCUUGCAGUCAAAGUGUUUUCCUGUGCCAGUCAGUCAGCAGGAGGGGCCAAAUACAAACAAAAACAAGCAUGUAAAACAAAAUGGCUGAAGCAACCAGGCAAACAGGUUAGGGAGGAAGAUUGCAAUUGAGAUUCGGGGAAUUGAUAUUCCUUUGGUAAUAAGAGCACUAAGAUAGAUACAUAGCCAUCGUUGAAGGUGGUUACAAUUCAUUGUCGAAGGAAUUAAAGGCGUAUGUGUUUUUGGGUAGAUUUGGUAGAAAAAUAUAAGACUUGUAUUCCCGGUGCUCCAUGUUUUAGGGUGGGCUGUAGAGAGCAGCUGCUGAUGGCCAAUGGGGCAAUGGGUAAAGGCUUACUUCAAUUCCGUACUAUUCGCAUACCAGGUGAUGGCAGAUGUUUGUUUCGGGCAGUUUCUCAUGGUGCCUGCUUGAGAAAGGGUGAACCCUCCCCAAACGAGAACACCGAGAGAGAGUUAGCUGAUGAAUUACGCAAUAAAGUUGCGGAUGAAUUUAUAAAGAGACGCAAGGAAACAGAAUGGUUCUUGGAGGGGAAUUUUGAUACGUAUGUCAAGCAGAUGAGAAAGCCAUAUGUUUGGGGUGGAGAGCCGGAACUACUGAUGGCUUCACAUGUCCUCCAGAUGCCAAUAACUGUCUAUAUGUUUGAGAGAAACUCUGACGAUCUUAUAGCAAUUGCAGAGUACGGUCAGGAAUAUGGAAAAGAAAAUCCUAUUAGAGUCUUGUAUCAUGGAUAUGGUCACUAUGAUGCUUUACAAGUGCCAACUGAAGGGACUAAGGCAAAAUUGUAAAACUGAAAAGGCUGUGUCAGAAUUUAUUCUCUCUUUAUAAUGAAAGAAUGCAAUACUAAUUUUAUGCACAGUUGUUCUGUUCUAGUAAUCCUAAAAUGAAUUUCUACCAAAGUGCAUGCACCUCCAAAAAGUUUAAUAAUGUAACAUGUACCUUGCAGAGUAUAUUCUAUUCUGUAGUUUAGUGGUCCACCGACGAUAAAGAUGAACAUCGGAGUUAUAAUUACACAUAA